AUUGAGAAGAGUUCUUUGUGUGCAGCUUAAAUUUUAAAUCGUUCUGUCUUAAUUAUUUGAUUGUGUAAUUCGUCUGUUUUUCGGACAUAGUUUUUGAAAGGGUCUAAACCAACAAUUAAAUAAAAAACAAGCAAUAAUAUGCGAAAUGGGAAAUGCUAAUAAGAAGCCGUUAUCAGACGAAUGUGAUACCAACUCUGAUUCGUCAUCAGACUCCAGACCCGGUGAAAUUAUACUCGUAGAUCUGACGGACUCGGAGGAGGAUUUAAAUCCAGCAGACACCAAAGUUAUUAAAAAUCCAUAUCCAGACGCAUUAAACGAUGUCGAAAAAUAUUCUGACGGUGGCACAAAAACGCAUGAGAUGGAAAAAGAACAGGCUGGUAUUAAACGCGGAUUCCAUGAUAUAGAUGACACCGCCAGUCAAAGGAAAACGCAGCUGUUUUGUGGACCAUGCAACAUUCAACGCAAAACCGCCACUGCUAUAACGUUUUGUCCUGUUUGUGACAACGAUCUUUUGUGUGCACUGUGUUCAUCGAUCCACAAUGCGUUGCCUGUAACGAACUCGCAUACGUUGUUAGACGUUUCUGCAUAUCCGGAUAAAAACGAAGGGGGAAAUUUUGGUACAGGAUACAAACCUAUCUGCAACCUGUGUCUUAUUCAAAAAGUUGAAUCUGAAGCAAUCCUUCAAUGUCAAGAGUGCGAAACACAGCUGUGUGAUUCGUGCAGAAAUCAGCAUAAAGCACAGAAGGCGACCCGUUCUCACAAUCUAAUAAACAUAAAUGACGAAACACCUAAGACCAAACGAGCACGACUACAACCACCGUGUACUUCAACAUCUCCGGACGAAGAGGAAACGAUUAGUGAUUUCCUAAACAAUUUAGUUUUGCAGCUGAGAAAAUAG